AUGCAGCCCUUCAGCAUCCCGGUCCAAAUCACACUACAGGGUGGUCGAAGGCGCCAGGGGAGGACAGCACUCUUGUCUUCAAGCAAAAGUGAUGGAGAUCGGCUGAAGGUACACCCAAAGCUUCCAUCAAGCGCCGGUGAGGACCGUGCCACACUGCUGGGCAUUGCCAUGAUGGCCUCCUCCGUGCUGAUGUUCUUCCUGUUGGGAACCACUGUGUUGAAACCCUUCAUGCUCAGCUCUCAUAGAGAAGAAUCAAACUGCACCGCCAUCCACACUCACAUUGAGGAUGAUUGGCUGGACUUGGCCUUCACCUGUGAGGGCAGCUGCCAGGACCAGGGCGGGUACCCCUGUCUGCAGGUGUUUGUGAACCUCAGCCACUCAGGAGAGAAAGUGCUUCUCCACUAUGAUGAUGAAGCAGCCAGGACCAACCCCAAGUGUUUUUACACACCUAAGUGUCAGCGAGACAGGGAUGGUCUGCUCAACAGUGCCCUGGACAUCAAGGAAUUCUUCGAUCACAAAAACGGAACUUUCCCCUGCUUCUACAGUCCGGAUGGCCAGCUGGGAGUUGUCCUGAGGAAGUCUGGCCACAAGGUUGUCUUCCACUGCUUGUUUUGGCCUUCGUUGACUUUGCUGGGCGGGGCCCUGAUUGUUGGCCUGGUGAAGCUGACACAGCAUCUGUCCCUUCAGUGUGAGCAGUACAGCACAGUGGUGAGGGCUCAGGCCGGGGCCAGAGCACGCUCUGUGGGCUGGCACAGGUCUACGCUGUACAGUGUAGCAAAGAGCCAGGGAGGGAACAGAGAGCGCUGCAGGGGGCGGUCCAGCUCUCCCUCCCUGAGAUGCUCCAGCUGAAGGCUUGACCACUGCCAGGUACACUUGUGAUCCCAGCACUUGGGCGGCUGAGGCAGGAGGACCAGGUCAAAGCCAGCUUGGGCUAUAUACAGAUCUCAUCUAAGAAAAAGGUCGGCUGGGGUUGUAGCUUCCAGAUAAGAGCACUUCCCUCGAAAGCACAAGGCCCUAGGUUUGGAUCCCCACCACUAGGAACAAUCAUAUCUGCUUACAAACCUGCUGUGUGAAGGACAAAGUGGGC